AUGUCACGUCUUCUUCCUGAACCACCAUGUCUGAUUGCUCGACGUCUGCCCGUCGUCGCGAGUCUCGAGUGUGCUCAUAGGCGCGGUGUCUCGUACCUGUUUCCUCAGAGGUCACUGAUUGACCACCAUAACGGCCCAGUCGUCGUCUUCUGUUACUCAGUGUACCCGCAUAGGCUUGCUGCAGUCUAUAUUGCUGGGUUUGUGUCAUCUAUUCAAAGCAUGACGUGCAUACUCGUCUCUUCGGUGAGUAUGUGCUUGCCGCGUAUGCUUGUCCCUCGUGUAUUGUAG